AUGAAAUACUCACUAAGUUUAAAGAAGCCCAAAAUUAACAUUUUGCAAGAUAUCGUAAUUCAGCCCCCCUUGCUCGCUGCAGCAGCACCAGCACCACCACCAGCACCACAACCAUCACCACCACCGUUGAGGUUGAUAGAUGAUCUGUCGGAGGAGGACCUCAAAAAGCUCCGAAAACUACGUUCGCCUGAAGCAUCAGCCUCAACCUCCAGCCAAGAAGAACGGCAACUGUCUCCGCUGCCCCUCCAUCUUAGUCCAGGUAUUUUCGAUAUUGAGCGACCAGGAAAAUGCAUGGACUUAUUGAGAAGUAUAUGCGAAGAGAUGGAGUCGGAGGAGCAACAGGUAACGGAGGCGCCCGCUGAAGCUACUCCAGAACAGGAAAGGACUCCAGAACAGGAAAGGUCCAGCUCUCCGGCUGCGAUACCCUCCUCCCCUGCUGCUGCUGGUGGUGCUGCCCCUCGUGCUGCGACAUCAUCCUCCCCUGCUGCUGCUGGUGCUGCCCGUCGUGCUACGACAUACUCCUCCCCUGCUGCCUCUGGUGCUGUCCUUCGUGCUGUGACAUCCUCCUCCCCUGCUGCCCAUCAUGCUGCGACAUCCUCCUCCCCUGCUGGGUCAUCAGUGACCGAUGACGACUCAGCAGAUGAGUUUGAGGGUGUCAAAAGUGCUGGUGCACUUUUGGCCGGGUUUAGGGCCCAAUUAAGGGAGGUCGAAAGACAAAGUGUGGUGCGGCAGAAGGAGCUCAUAACCAGGAGGAAAAAGCAUGUGAAAACCAUUAAACAGUUAACGAAGGAUAUUGCACGAUUACAAAGACAGCUAGUGGAGGAGCAAAGGGGGUGCAGUGACGUUGAAAAGGAAAUUAAGAAACUGGGGGAGAACAGUGUAAAUGUUAGGGACCUGUACUCAAAAAUGAAGUGUAUUUAA